AUGUCGCUUGCUUCAUCGAUUGCUGCUGUGAAUCUGCCCGUCUACCGUGGACUAAGAAUCGACCAAUCCAAAGUUGGCGUUCUACAGAUUGCGUUCAACAACACCGACUCAGAAAUCAAUGUCUGGAGUCAAGAUGCAUUGACUGGUCUCACCGACAUCGUCCAGAGACUUCAGAAUGACACCGAUACCAAAGUCAUUCUUUUUACGAGCGAUAACCCCUUGUACUUCAUGGCUCACUUGGAUCUUCUGAUACAACCUUUUGAUCCUACCAUUGCCCAGCGAACCGCUGAGCUGCUCCACAACAUGACAAACCUGAAUCAGGUCACCAUCGGCGCCGUCAACGGUGUGGCGCGUGGUGGCGGCAACGAGUUUCUCGUGUCGCUUGAUAUGCGCUUUGCGGUCAAAUCCCAUUCACGCUUUGGGCAGCCAGAGAUUGGACUGGGGCUUGUUCCUGGUGGCGGAGGUAGCCAGUACCUUCCCCGAUUGAUCGGUCGUGGCCGUGCUAUGGAGUAUAUCCUGACUGGAAAGGAUAUUCUAGCCGAAGAUGCCGAGCGUAUGGGAUGGAUCAACAAGGCUUUUGAUAGCGACCGCGAGAUGAAUGCCUACAUCGACGAAAUACUUUCCGUCUUAGUCUUGUAUCCGACUUCGGCUCUUGGACUGGUCAAGCAAUCCAUCAACAUCGCUUCGAGACCGCAACUCGCAGACACAGUGGGGGACGCGAACCGGUUCUUGGAGGCUGUCUCUCAACCGGCUGCGCAGGCUCUUAUUGGAGAUAUGCUGGAGCUGACAAACAAUCAAUCAGCUGGAGAUGCUGAAUUGUACCUGGGGGAAAUCGUUCCCCUCCUGUACAAUCAGUAA